AUGAAUCAUUCUUCAGGUACACGUAAUGAUGAUAAGCUGACGGAUAGCAAUGCUAUUACUGUUGAUAAGUUUAAUAGUAAUAUUAUUAAUAUAAGGAGGGGUGAUAGAAAUUUGAGUUCCUCUACCAAUUCAAAAUCUAUUCAAAUACCAAAUUCUGCUCAUAAUCAUUCGAUUAAUAGCAAAUAUCUUUCUGUAUCAGGCAAAAAUUCAUGGAAUAAAUUUACUCCUGUUAAUAAUAACAUCAACAACAAUAGUUCAAAUUUGGUGAAAAGUUUAGAUGCUCGUGUUUUAGUAGAUUUAUCUUCUCCAAAUUUUAAAACUUUAGAUAGUGAGCAUCACGAUUUAAUCGUCAAUAGCUUAAGAAACAACUAUAUUAACAGAAGGUCUUCAAUUGAUACAAAUGAAACUAUACAUUCUGGAGGUAUCUCUACUAAAUCGGUUAAAACAGAGGCAAACUUGAAUUCUAAUAUUACAGCCAUUGAUGAUGAUGAUGAUUGUGACAAUAGAAUAGAAAGAAACAUUUCCACACAAGGUGGAGAUAUAACUAGGGACAUUUAUAAAUUAGCUAUUUCCAAAAGACAUGGUGGCAGUUUUUCAAAAUCUAAUAGCUUAAGGCAUUCUAAAUCAUUAGAAAACUUAACUGCUGCCGAGGAUAGAUCUAGAAAGCACUCAAGGGCAAGCCAUCUAAAUGUGCCUGGUGGUUUUAGAAGAGAAUACAUUGUCCAAAAAAUGAGACAAGAUUAUGCGAUUAGGGAUUACGGAUCACAGAGAAGACAAUCAAACUAUUCAUUGGCAGGCAAUUCUUUAAAUUCUGACGCCAAUUCAAAUGAAACAGAUAAGGUGCCGUUCCUAACAAGAAACUUCCUGGAAUUUCUAUAUAUAUAUGGUAAUUUUGCAGGCGAGUCAUUUGAGGAUGAUUUCAUUACAGAAGAAAUUGAACAAGCAGAUGUCGAACGUGAUGAAAGACGUCCAUUACUGUACGGAGGCCCAAGUCAUCUUGUAUCAGAAUCAGUGGUGACCAAGCCUAUGAUCCAGUCAGUUGUAGGAAAUACUCCUACAAUUAAGGCAUUUUUCCUACUUUUAAAGUCAUUUAUUGGUACUGGUAUAUUAUUUCUUCCAAGAGCAUUCGAUAAUGGCGGUUUAAUAUUUUCUAUCUGUAUGUUAUUAUUCUUUGGUAUUUAUUCGUAUUGGUGUUAUUACAUUUUGAUAAGAUCAAAAAAUAUAACGCAAGUGACAUCAUUUGGUGAUAUAGGUUAUAAACUUUAUGGGAGGUGGAUGAAAUUCGUCAUUCUUUUUUCUUUGGUUUUAACACAGCUUGGGUUUGCAGGGGCCUAUGUUAUUUUUACUGCAAAAAACCUGAAAGCUUUUGUCGAAAAUGUCUUCAGAGUACCUGACUUUGACCUAAAGUAUUUGAUGAUUUUUCAGCUAUUUAUCUUUACACCAUUAUCUUAUGUAAGAAAUGUGUCCAAAUUAUCCUUUCCCUCGUUAGUUGCCAAUUUUUUUAUUAUGUCUGGGUUAGCAAUAGUAAUCGUAUUUACAAUGAAGCAUUUAUUCUAUGAUUUAAAUAUGCGUCCAGAAGAAGGGGUUAUAUAUGGAUUUAAUUCAAAUGGAUGGACCUUAUUUAUAGGUACGGCAAUUUUUGCAUUUGAAGGUAUUGGGCUAAUUAUCCCUAUCCAAGAUUCAAUGAAACACCCUGAACAUUUUCCAUUAGUUCUUGGACUAGUUAUCAUGACUGCAACAGUGUUGUUUGUCACUAUUGCAACCAUCGGAUACCUAGCUUAUGGUAAGCUUAUUGAAACGGUAAUUCUGUUAAACCUACCAAAGUCUAAUAUAUUCGUUAAUUUAAUUCAAUUAUUUUAUUCCAUGGCAAUUAUGUUAUCAACCCCAUUGCAAUUAUUUCCUGCAAUUAAGAUAAUAGAAAAUAAAGUAUUUCCUAAAUUUACCAAAUAUUAUGUAAAAAUAGAUCAAACUAGAGAAGGUGUCAGAUUACGCCAAAAUUCUGGUAAAUUAGAUUGGAGAGUCAAAUGGCGCAAAAACUUUCUAAGAUCUGUGAUAGUACUGAUUGUUAUUUUAAUGGCAUAUUAUGGAUAUGAUGAUCUAGAUAGAUUUGUAUCAAUUAUUGGUUCAUUUGCAUGUAUUCCUUUAGUUUACAUGUACCCACCUAUGUUACAUCUAAGAAGUUAUAGUAUACCGUCUUCUGAAGGUUUGAAAAUAAAAUACAGGGUUAUCCUAGAUUAUAUCUUGAUUGCUUUUGGGGGAGUUAGUAUGCUAUACACAUCAUAUCAAAGCUUGAUGAGCAAUUGA